AUGUCAUUGGAAGAAGCAACACCAAGUACUAAAGUGUUAUCAAAUAUGAAAAGAUUUGUUCAUCGUCGAAUGCGUUCUAUGCCUUCAUUGGAUGAUAUUUUGGCUAAGAGUAAACAGCUGCUCAGCUCAUCACCAGAUAACUCAGCAAUACCUCCAAGUCCAAUAGAAGAUUCUGAUCAAGUGAUAUUAACAUCUAUAUCAUUACCUCCAGAUCUCCAACGAACAAAAAGUUUAUCAUCAGAUACAAUCGAUAUAUUAAAUGAAAAAUCUUCCAAUGUUCAAACAGCUUCAAAUGUACAACAUCUUUCAAAUUCUGAAUCAUCUUAUAGAACAAAAUUUGUUGUAACAUCACCAUCGAAUUCAGAUUUAUCAUCAGAACAAAAUGAUUCAUUAGAUCAAUUAAAUUCAUCAUCAUUAUCAUUUCUACAAACAAAACAUCGUCGAAUAGAUCAUAGAAGAAAUAAAAGUGAACCAAUUAAAUCUGCAAGUACAGAAAAUAUAUCAUCAACAACAGCACUUGAAUUAUCUUCAACAAGUACAACAAGUAAUGAAUCCCCAUUAAGUAAUAAUGCAAAAAAUCAAAAUCGAAGAAAAUCAUCAACAAAAAUCAAUUCAAAUAAUAUUUCAUCAAUAAAAACUAUUAAAUCAAUAACACAAGAAAAAUCUUCUUCAUCAUCAACAACAACGGCAAGAAAAAAGAAACCAUGGUAUAAUGUAAAUAAAAUCCAAUAUAAAAUGGAUACAGUUCGAUUAUUUUUUAAUACAAAAAGUUUUCGACGAUCAAAUCGAAAACUAAGUUUAAGUGGAAAAUAUUCUCAAACAAUAUUAAAACCUGAUGAAGUAAAUAGUUCAAAUAAUAAUCUUUCAAUGGAUACUGAAGAUAAUCAAAGUUCAUCAAGUGAUAAAAUAUGUUCUGAAACAAUAAAAUCAUUUUUAUCAACACAUCCAUCAUCAACUUCAACUCUUUCAAAUUCUCCAUUAGUUCAUUGUGAACUUGAAACAUGUUCAGGAUUGGCAAUAUCAUCAUUAUCAGAUCAUACAAAUAAUACAUUAGUAGCACCUAAUGUUUUUGAAUUAGUAUCAAAUGCACGUACAUUUACAAAUAUUUAUCCAUUAAAACGUCGUCGAUCUUUAAAAUUCAAUAAUAAUAAUAAUAAACGAAGACAACGACUACGUUCAUCAGGUCCUGAACGAAAUAUUCAUUGUACAUCUCCAUUAUUAUUUUCACCACUUAAACGUUCACAAUCUAAUCGAUAUCCCGAUAGAAUAAGAAAACAUUCAAUGAAAAUGAAACCCACAACAGAACCACUAAAACGACAUCAAACUAAACCAUUUCAAUCAACAUAUCGUCAACGAAAUGAUGAAUUUCGAAAGAUUUUUAAAGAAUUACCAAACGAUGAACGAUUAAUUGUUGAUUAUUCAUGUGCAUGGCAAAAAGAUAUAUUAGUUCAUGGUCGAAUGUAUAUAUCUCAAAAUUAUUUAUGUUUUUAUGCUAAUAUUCUUAAUUGGAAAUCAAGUUUAUGUUUAAAAUUUCAAGAUAUUGUUGGUAUAACACGUGAAAAAACAGCAAAAGUUAUUCCAAAUGCUAUUGAAAUUAAAUCAACUAAAUUUGAAAAAUAUUUUUUUGCAAGUUUUGUAGCACGUGAUAAAGCUCAUGCAUUCCUAGAUAAAAUAUGGCAAAAUGCAAUAAAUGAACAACCAAUAUCUCCUACAGAAUUAUGGAUGAUGAUUCAUGAAAGUUAUGGUGACGAUUUAGAUAUGACAACUGAUGAAGAAGAUCCAUAUAAUAAAUCAUCAUUAAAUUUAACAUCGAAUAAAAAAUCAUUAAAAGAACCAAUACAAUCGAUUGAUAAAUAUGAUUUAUCAAAUAUUGUUUUGCGUAUAACAACAAAUUCAAUACAAUUAAAAUCUUCCCAACAAGAAGAUGAUCGUUCAAGUGGUUCAUCACAUGGUGAACAUCCUACAGAUGAUGAUGGUAUAAUUCCAAUUGGAGAAGAAUCAACAACAAAUACAAUUUUACGUCAACCUCAAUCAAAUAUAAUCAAACAAAAUAUGAAUAUAAUUUCUGAAAAUCAAGGAAUAUCUUACUUAAAACAAUGUCCAUGUCAAUCACAUUUAGCAACUGAAUUAGUUAAUCGAACAUAUACCAUGUCAGUCGAACGUCUUUUUGAUUUUAUAUUUGGCAAUAAUGAUUUUCUUCAUGCUUAUCGUGCAGCACGUCGUAUUAAAGAUUUUCAAGCUAGUGAAUGGGAGAUUAAUAGUGAAACAGGAAAACGCGAACGUCUCUGUACUUAUAGGGUCAUUGUUUCGGCUGUUAUUGGAUCGACAACAGUUUGUUCAAAUGAAAGACAAAUAAUUGAUUGUGAAUUAUCAAAAUCACAUUAUAUAUUAGAUGCAGAAAUACGAAAUGAAGGAAUUAAAUAUGCAGAUGCAUUUUUUGUUGCAUGUCGUUAUUGUCUUGUACAAAUUGGACCAAAUAAAGCACAUUUAAAGAUUACUGGUGAAGUUAGAUAUGUUAAAAGUUUAAUGGCUAUCAUUAAAACCUUCAUCGAAAAAAAUGCCAUGGCUGCUCUUCAAGAUUCAUUUACUGAUUUAAAUAAUCGAAUUGAAUUAUCGACAUUGUCAGUGAAACGCAUAGAUCAAGAAUCUUCCAAACGAUCACGAAGUUUUAGUACUAGUAAAAAUAUUGAAAAAGAAAAUGCAAUAGUAUCAAAUACAAGAACAUUACAACAACAAGAAUCAGAUGAAUUAACUUCUUCUGUAAAUGAUUUAUCCAUAAAUUCACAACAGGAAGAAUCAAUUCAAGAUGAAAUCAGCUCAGAUCUUUCUGUACCAGACCGAUUGUUUUUCUCUAAAAAUGCAUUUUUACUAUCAUUUUGUAUAUUAACAAUGUUUAUUCUUCUUGUCGUGAAUAUAUUUUUAUGCGUAAAAUUAAAUCGUAUUGAUAAUAUGACAGAACAUUUAAUACAAAUACAUCCAACAUGGUUACAUAGAUAUACACAGCAACAAGAAGAAAAUGAAUGGUCAUCAUUAUUAAAAAGACAAGAAGAAUAUUAUCAAAGUCAAAUAAAUAAUCUUCAAUCUGUUUUAGUAACAACUCAUAAUGCUUUAAAAAACGUAACUAAUGCAUUACAUGAAUUAUCGAAAUUGAGCAGUAGAUCAAAUUGA